AUGUCUAGCUCGGCCGUCCACCAGCACAACCAAUACCUGCGAGAGGUCAUCACAGAGGCCCCUCCACCCAUAAAUGCCAGAUUCUUCUAUAGGUCCGAUCUGCCCAUCGAUGAUCCGCUCUCACCCUUGCCACCACCAGCAACCACGAGCGACAGUGCAUGGGUCAAACAACCACCCAAGCCAUUCUCCCAAUAUGACAAUACCGCCCUCGACAAGGCAUGGCACGAGCUCAGGAGGAAGAUCUUGAGAUGGAACGAGGAAAGAGGCGAGAAGGAUAAGAGCGACUCGAAGGAAAGUAGUCGAGUCCGACAGAGGUCCGGUUCUUCGACCUCAAGAAGUGGACGAAGAGGAUCCGGUUCGAAAGAUCCAGUUGGACGAUCGAAACUAAGCAAGCUAGCUGCCUCUGGCCUGAACCAAGUGGAAAGCCCAGCAGCCGAGGACGAGACGCCUGCAGAGGUCCCAGAUACUGCUGCAGAGUUGCCAGCCGAACACAGCACCACGGGCAAACCUUUCACGAGGCUGCCUUCACGACAUGCUUCCUCUGCGAACACCCCCAUCCGGCCACGUCCAAAGCAACAUGACACUUACAAAUGGGACGAUUCGACACAUCUCCGAGACCAUAGCUCCGCGCCAGAUAAGAGGAAAGAGGUCGAGCCGAGUCCCAAAGACAAGGUUGCUGUGGGUUUGUCGCGACUACACCAGGUGGAAUUGCCGGAUCUGCAGAUGACCCCGAUCUACUGGGCACCAGUCCACGAUACAGCACAAGUAGUACGCGGGACAUGGUUCUACCAGGACACAAUGCUGCCGGUGGAAACGCCGGUGGCUAACAUGCUGGAAGCUGGAUAUGUUGAUCUGCAAGUCUGGACCGAAACAUGGAAGGACGAGCUUAACAGCGCUGUCGAAGUCGGCGCUGUCGGCGAGAUGAAGAUUGUGCAUAAGCUAUGGCCGGACAAAGUCACUCAUUCCUCCACUCCGCCUGGUAGUAUCAGGCGUCCAUCAAGAGAAGACGACCUGCUGCGAGCUGCAACCGCGAAGCUAUUCGUUGGAGAACCGGAGACUGAUGAGCAACAGAGGGCAAGAGCUGUCGAGGCCGCAUGCGACAUUAUUGAUAUCGCCAGUGGUGCUGACGGAUCCGACAAUAAAGCUUAUGGAGAGUCGACGUACGGUAGGGCAGGCAGCGCGCGUCAGUACAAUACGUGUGGCGUCAUAUAUGCGAACGAUCGAGAAGCAAAGAUCUUGAAGCCAACACUACUACCUUCUGCUUAUUAUGGUAGGCGACCACUAGCCAACUACAUUCGCAAGGGUCACUCAAUCGGCAUACCUGUGGUUCGCGGCUUCGACCAAUCCACCUGGGACAAAUUACAUCCUCCCAAGACUGGCGCCAAGACGCAAAAGGCAAAGCAAGGCGCUGCUUCUGCUGGGCCGGAUGCGAAGAAGAGGAGUCAAGUCGACCCCGAUCUUGCGAAGAGUGAAAAGCCGGAAGUCACAGAUCUGGUUUUCGUGAUCCACGGUAUAGGUCAGAAGCUGAGUCAACGUAUGGAGAGCUUCCACUUCACACAUGCUAUCAAUGCCUUUCGGCGAGAAGUUAUGGUUGAGCGCGGUAACAAAGAGGUCAAGACACACUUCCGCAAGGACAUGGGUGGCAUCAUGGUGUUGCCUGUCAACUGGCGACAUUCCCUGUCAUUCGAAGAGGGUGGCUACAGAACAGAGAACGACUCACGCGCGGAUGACCCCUCGGUCAAUGAGUUCACCCUCAACGACAUCACACCUGACACCCUACCUUCCGUCAGAGGCAUUGUCAGUGAUGUUAUGCUCGACAUUCCAUACUACAUGUCUCAUCAUCAGCCCAAGAUGAUCGCAGCCGUGAUUAGAGAAGCGAAUCGAGUCUACAAGCUCUGGUGCCAGAACAACCCUGGAUUCUCGGAACAUGGCAGAGUCCACAUCAUUGCGCACUCUCUCGGCAGCGUCAUGUCCAUUGAUAUCUUGUCCAACCAGCCGACGAUCGUCCCAGAGCACCUUGCAGAUCCAACCCAAGUCGACAUCGAAGACGUGGAUCACUUUCUCUUCAACACCCACAAUCUAUUCCUGGCAGGCUCGCCAGCGGGCUUCUUCAUCCUGCUCCGCAAGUCUCAACUACGACCUCGCAUAGACCAUCCAUCGGCCCAAGCGCUUUCCGACCCUACCACCAACGUAGCCUCUAUCUGCGGCGAACGUGGUCAAUAUGGCUGCAUCUCCGUCGACAACAUCUACAACAUCAUCAACGGCUACGAUCCGGUCGCCUACCGCAUGAAUGCCGCCGUAGACGUCGGCUACGCAGCUGCCCUCCGCAAAGCGACCAUCCCGUCAAACACACCAGGAUUCUGGUUUUCGGCUGGCACGUCGAAUACUUCUCGGUGGUUCGGCGGGUACUCUAGCUCCGCUAACAACGCUGCUAUCGCUCCGACCUUGCCGAGGCUUCCGAGCAAUGUUGAACUCGAAACGCAUAAUUUCACGCGCGAGGAGAUUGCGGAGAAGAGGAUGUUGCUGCUUAAUGAUAAUGGGCAGAUUGACUUCAUGGUGAAGUAUGGCGGUGGUGCUUUUGAGAUUCAGUAUUUGACUAUGUUGGGUGCGCAUAGUGCUUAUUGGGGUCUUAAGGACUUUAUCAGGAUGGUGGUUGUUGAGGUUGGCAGAAGCGGUGGACGGGAUGGGACGCUGCCUGGGCUGAGAGCUGUGAAGAGGAGGCUAGAGAGGAAGUGA